GUUUACUUUCGUUUUCUCUCAAGAAAGAUAUUUUCAGCGCAAGAGAUUAAGCCGCACCAAUUGUAUCUCUUUAAUUCAAGCUACAAAAUAAAGACAAUUGAUGAUGAAAGAGAAAUUACUGUCCGCUGUUGAAGAAUUAUGUAAGAUAAUUUCAGACGUUAUACAUGAGGCAAAGCCAUUUGUGUUGCAAUCUGCCUCAAACUUUGUCAGUAAUCAUGUUAAAGUUUUGGGACGCCUAAUUGGAGCAUAUAAUCGAUUCUUUAUAUCGAUUGGUGUAAAAAAUCGCAAAGACGCUGAGAAGCUAUGGACAAAACUGAUGAUGCAUGAUAAUACCGUAGAGGAAAAACUAGACGUUCUGCUAGAUAAGGAAAAUGAAUUUAAUAUGUUUUUGAACAGCAUUGAUGAACAACUCAAAAUGGAAAAAGAUUGGGAAGAUUCUCCACACAAAUUAGAAGUUGGUGAAAAAUUCCAACAGAAUUUAACAGUUAGGACUAUAGAAGAAAUAAAUGUGCCCUUGAAGACAUAUUUUCCAAAAGCUGGUUCAUUAAUCAUCAUAUUUUUACGUCAUUUUGCUUGAUUACCCUGACGAGAUCAUGUUAAGCAGAUACAGAACAUAGAUGAUGAACUGCGUUCACAUCAAAGUACUGUACUGCUUGUAACUUUUGGAAAUAGUGAACAAGCAAAAAGAUGGGUAAGAGACACAAGUUGUAUAUAUCCUAUAGUGUGUGAUAGUGAACGGAAUCUGUAUGGAGCAUUUCACUUAUCACCCUCUGUUAAACACACUUGGGAUAUCAAAUCACAAAUAUGGUACGCAGAGCAACUAUGUGCAGGAAGAAAUCUCCUCCCUAUGGAUGAUGGAGAUGAUCCACAUCAACUUGGUGGGGAUGUUAUUAUCAGCAGUGAUGGAGAGAUAAUCAUGAUUCAUAGAAGCACAUUUCCUAUUGAUAGACCGACUACACAAGCUAUCUUGGAGGUCAUUAGAAAAAAGUAGCUGCACGAGAACUUCUUUAGCUAACUUAUAUUGCUGCAUUACAUCCACUGUCAUAUAUCAAUAUUCCUAUCAUUUUUAGAUUUAAAUAUUAUUUUAAAAUUAAUUUUUUUACUAUAUUUAGAAGUGUUUAAAUCGACAGAUUAAAAAAUUUGCAGGCAAUAAAUAGUAUGAGUAAGGUAUAAUAUGUCAAAGAGUUUGUGUUUUUAAUACGGUUGACUCUCUCGAAUCUCCGUAAUUCAAAUAUCCCUCUAAUUCGAACAAUGUCAAAGUCACCGUGAAAUUUCCUUUGCAAGCUCUCAAAUUUACUUCCUUUAAUUUGAAUCUCUCUAAUUUAAAUUUGAAAAGUCCUAUAAUUCGAACACAUUUUAAGGUCCCUACGGCGAAGAAUUUCUCUCUGUUAUUCGAAUUCUUGACAUAAUUGCAAUCGACCUAUCCUUCAAGUUUUAUUCGAAUAUUUUGAUUUUUGAAAGAAACAACUUCAAUUUCUAAAUUCAAAUUAGAGAGAUUAGUAAGAUAAAAAAAUAAAAUUUCUCUCGUAUGCGCAGCAUCUUUAACAUUUUAGCACAAACACGUAAAACUUUGUUUUAAAACAUAGUAUAUAAUUGUAAAUGUAUUGACUUGAGAACUAAAACGAUUAUCGACAUGUAUGUGGGCAAUAUAUAUAUACGUUUAUGAAAGCUAGCAUUAAAACUUUUUAAAAGUGUUGCAAAGCUUGAUAAAGAUGUAACGUGUAUAUUAUUCUUCACAGAGAUACAUUCUAAAAUA